AUGACCAAGCAGGAUUUAUUCCAGGGAGCACGAGGACUGCCUGGUGAUGCUGGGCUUCCUGGAGAGAUGGGUGUGGAGGGGCCUCCAGGCACUGAGGGAGAAUCUGGCCUGCAAGGUGAACCAGGCGCUAAGGGAGAUGUUGGACCUACCGGCAGCAGUGGAGCAUCUGGGGAGCCAGGGUCACGUGGUGAACCCGGAGCCCCUGGAGAAGAAGGUCUGCAAGGAAAAGACGGAUUGAAGGGGGCUCCAGGAGGAAGCGGACUUCCUGGAGAAUAUGGGGACAAAGGAGAAAUGGGCUCACCAGGGACAACAGGACCCUGGGGUGCGGCAGGUCAAAUGGGUCUUCCAGGACCAGAUGGAAUUGUGGGAACCCCAGGACAACGAGGUCGACCAGGGAAAAAGGGUGAUAAAGGACAAAGAGGACCCAUGGGAGAAGUUGGAAGCCGAGGCUCCCCUGGAAAGGUUGGGGAAAGUGGCCCUAAAGGCGCCAGAGGAACAAGAGGUGCUGUGGGUCCAUUGGGAUUGAUGGGACCUGAUGGAGAACCAGGAAUACCAGGAUACAGAGGCCAUCAAGGUCAACCAGGACCCUUGGGAUUGCCAGGACCUAAGGGAGAAAAGGGCUACCCAGGAGAAGACAGCACAGUCCUAGGACCUCCCGGGCCCCGAGGUGAACCA